GCCAGAGACAAAUCCGUGCGCAGCUUCUCGUUCUCAGCAUCCUCUCCUUUAUUUCUUUGCAGACGGUCCACUCUCACCCUGAUUCAGCACUCGACUCUCCUUGCAAAUCCAGGUUUGAUCUCCGGCGGACGACUCUGUAAUAUCACCCUGCGCUCUCUCUGCGCACCUCCAACUACGCAGGGCACUCUGGACAGACACACAACUUCGAAACCACCAUGUGCAACCAAUCAACUUCAUAGAUGCGGGCGCCUGCACUGGCGCUCACCUCAGAUUCGGACGGCAUCCGGUUAAAAAAGUACACAGUGCUGCGGCAGUGAGGUAUACCUGCACCCAAUGAUCGCCGCUACAUAAUAUCUCAACUCGCGCGUGCUUCUUGGUGACCGAGUGAAAAGGCCAUCUUUGAACCGACUUCAGCCAUGGUGAUCUCAACAACAGUGAAGCGAGUAGCUGCGGUUGCUGCUGUCCUCCUCACCUUAUUCCUACUCCUCCGGCCUACCUCUCCCUCAGUGUCUGAUCCCGCCUUGGUGCAUUCGACGGUGCAAAGAGCAGGACAACCUUCGAGAUCCUACCCUCCACCCAAAUCGGUAUCCAGAACCCAACAAGACGAACAGACCCUACAGAACCUCGCUUCCAAGCCAUUGCGUGAACGCUUGCGCUAUCAUUUCCCUUACGACAUCGAGAUCAAGUUCCCUGCAUUUGUAUGGCAGACGUGGAAGACAGGACCAGGUUCGGGCAAAUUUGAAGAAAGGCUGAGACCUUUCGAAGCCUCAUGGACAACUUUACACCCCGGUUUCGUUCACGAGGUCAUUACGGAUGAUGCUGCGGUUCACUUGAUCAACUAUUUAUAUGCUUCUGUGCCGGAUGUUGUCGAAGCGUAUGAGGCCAUGCCAUUACCAGUUCUGAAGGCCGACUUCUUCCGGUAUCUAAUCUUACUUGCUCGUGGAGGCAUCUACAGUGAUAUCGACACUCAGGCGCUACAGUCCGCCGCCGAUUGGCUACCCCCCAAUCUCGACAAGUCCACCGUCGGCUUGGUCAUUGGAAUCGAGGCAGACCCAGACAGGCCGGACUGGAACGAGUGGUAUGCUAGGAGGAUACAAUUCUGCCAGUGGACGAUCCAAGCCAAACCCGGACAUCCUGUCUUGAGAGAUAUUGUGGCUACGAUUACAGAAGACACUCUGGCCAUGAAAAACGCUGGUCGUCUUCGAAAGGGCAAACUCCCCGACAGGAGUAUCAUGGAGUACACAGGUCCCGGUGUGUGGACCGAUGCACUGUUUACAUAUUUUAACAACAAGGAGCACUUUGAUUUCAGUUCACGAAGGUCGAAUGUUACAUACGCAGAUUUCUUUGGUAUCACAGAACACAAGAAGAUUGGCGAUGUUGUUGUCCUGCCGAUUACCAGUUUCAGUCCCGGAGUCGGCCAGAUGGGUGCUGAGAGCCCUGACCAUCCGAUGGCUUUUGUGAAACACGAGUUUGACGGAUCCUGGAAGCCACAACAGGAACGCAUGAAGGGCGAAUAGUGUCUCAAUGCUUUGCUAACUUGUGGAGAUAUACAUGUUUAAGUACAAUGAAAAGUCUUGCCGCGUUCUGAGCAGAGCGGGGGGUUCGUUUUGGUUGCCGACAGGGUCAACAUUGGGGUCCCAGACAUAUUUCAAUAGACAGCUCGACAGCUCGACAGCUCGACAACAUCCGAGAGUUCUCCAGCUCAGUACAAUUGUUGUAUCCCGUCCGAUCCUACGAAUUCGGGCCUGGAGCCUAACGGCAGCGAAAAAGCAGGAAUUCUCCGCGGGACGAAGUGGCUAUCAAACAAAUUGUCAGUGCAUAUAGACGGCGUUGAGAGAAAGAGCACAGGCCAGCCGGGAUGACGGGACAUGGCAUAUGUGCAAAGACCUCUUAUUGACCGUCAUGCUCCAAUAUUGACAAUGCUAGUGACCGAGAAAUAUAUUUCGCUACGUCCUCAUUCAAUAAUAGCUGGUCGAGGCUAUAAGCGAGCAGACGCUUUUGCAAUUCUGGGAGCGUCUACUCCCUACCGACCAAGCAAGGUAUGAGACAUUGGCCCAGGACACCAGGUCUUUGCCUUGGAUUACUUCUACUCGUAGCGAGCCCUCCACUGUGGUGUUCCGUUCGUCGCGCUAUGGUUGAAUCCGACCAGAUCAGCCGUGUUUGAGUUGGACAGACAGGGCUCGAUGAUCGAGACCAGACAGCUGAAAUCGACCGCUGAAUUUGUUAUGGAGAUGGAAUUUUCGGGUUCCACAAGCAUGGGCCGCCAGAUGCUCAGAUUUCAGUUGGCUCACAGUGCUCACUUGUACCAAAUAUCAGUGCAUGAUGGUGCCUAGUGCCUAAGCUAUCCGCGUAUCGCAGGCUGCAG